UGUUCGCCGAGUAGCUCUGCAUUUUGUCAAGAAAUUUGACAUUCUCACGAUUUUACUUCAAUUUUUCAUUUUCAAUAGCUCAAUCAAUAUAACCGAUGUUGAAAAAAUCAUUUUGCCAUCCAUCAUAAUGGAGCAAACACCGCCUCUCUCACCAGAAGUUAUGGUAUGUCAGGCCUUGCGAGCCGCUACCGAUAGCAAUCAUGAGGUGGUACGCAAAGCUGAGGCCCAGCUGGUAGAAUGGGAAACACAGACAGGGUUCUUUCCAACGUUGACACGUUUGUGUCUGGCCGCAGUAGCCGAUCCGAAUAUUAUCCAACAGCUGGAUGUCAAUGUCCGUUGGAUGGCUGUGGUUUAUUUGAAGAAUGGAAUAAAUAAAUACUGGCGCAAGGGAAUGCGUCAGGAAUUGUCACCGGAGGAAAAACAGCAAAUUCGGGAUUUGCUAUUGAUACAUUUCUCGAACGAGCCCAUUCCCCAGGUUUCAUUGCAGAUAGCGGUGCUUAUGGCUCGUAUUGCACGCAUAGACUGUCCCCAUGACUGGCCACAAUUGAUGCCUGAGCUGUUGAAGCGUAUACAAGCAUUCUCCGCCUCGAACACUGCUGGCUGUGAAUCACUUAAAAGCGGAGAACAACAACGGGUACUCUUAACGCUGCAUCAUGUGAUUAAAGCGUUGGCAUCACGCCGCCUCUGGGCCGAGAAGAGAGUAUUCGAAGAACUGACCAGUAACAUCUAUGAAUUUAUCUAUCAAAUGUGGGACACCUAUUGCACACUGUUCUUCCAUCAGCUGAAAGAUGCCCAACCGAUGUUGGCCAAGCCCACAUUGGAAAUUGCCGUGUUGUGCACCCGCAUUCUGAGAAAGCUUACCAUUUAUGGUUAUAUGAAACCACAAAACUCACCAGUUUGCUUACAGUUCGCGGAGAAACUGUUUGAACGUUUGAAACAAUGCCUGAGUGUUCGUUACGAACUGCGCCAAUUGAAUGCCGAUGAAAAUUUGGUUAGCUUGCUGGAAAAGUUAAUUUUGAAACAGAUGAAAACUUUGUUGGAAUUCCAAGAGACACAUGCCGUGGCCUUUAAGAAUUUUGUGCCCAUGGCCCUGCAGUUCACCUUUGACCAUGUCUUCCAUGUUAGUGCUUAUCUAAUAUUCACCGAUAAUGUCAUCAACUUUCGCCAAUUUGCCAUACACUGUAUCAACUUGAUGAAAGGACUUAUGUCGCCAUUCUAUUGGCAAAAAAUCGAUAAAUUCUUGGACAACGACAAUAGCCAAGAUUUGGAAAUACGUUCAUCCUUGGAGACUUUCUUUACGGAGGAGCGCUUGAGUUAUAUUUGUGAGAAGAUUAUAACACAUUAUUUUAUAUUAACACAAAUCGAAUUGGAUUUAUGGCUGGAGGAUCCCGAAGAGUUUGCCCAGGAUGAUAGUGGUGGUGAUACAUGGAAAUAUGCUUUGAGACCUUGUGUUGAGACGCUAUUCUCGGUGUGUGUUACCAACUAUCAAGCUCAAAUGUCAGCAGAAGUUGUGAAGUAUGUACAGAAAGCCCAACAGAUUCAGUUGACGGCUGACUCCGAUCUUAAAGAUAUUCUGCUCAAAGAUGCCAUUUACAAUGCGGCGGGGCAGGCAUCACUACAUUUGUUCAAUGAACUAGAUUUCGAUGCAUGGUUUAGUGGCCAACUGUUGAAUGAAUUGAAAAUAGAAGCACUUAAUUUUCGUAUUUUGAGAAGACGUAUUAUUUGGUUGCUUGGCGAAUGGGCUGGUGUUAAUUUCUCACGCAAUCUACGACCACUGGCCUAUGAGGCGUGCUUACAUCUGCUACGACCCGCUGAAGAUAUGUCCAUACGUUUGGCAGCCUCCAGUACAUUAUCGAUUCUAAUUUCGGACUUUGAUUUUGCUCCCGAAGCCUUCCUACCCUAUUUGGAGCCAUCGUUUAAUGCUCUCUUCAUUCUGUUGCGUGAAGCCAAAGAAUGUGAUACCAAAAUGAAAGUGUUGGCUAUUAUGUCAUCUCUGGUCGAGAAAAUGAGUGACAACAUUGAACCCUAUGCCGAUAGUUUAAUAUCAUAUUUACCCCUGCUAUGGAAAGAGAGUGAAGACUACAGCAUGCUAAGGUGUGCCAUUAUUUGCACACUACAGCAAAUUGUUAAGGCGAUACGUGACAUACCGGAGAAAAUGCGUCCAUUUUUGUAUAGUUUGAUUGCUUUGAGUACCGAUCUGCAGGAACCCUCUCACAUUUAUCUCAUCGAAGAAGGCCUAUCCCUAUGGGUAGCUGUUGUCGAAAAUUCCACAAGCAUUUCGGCACCACUCAUCGAUCUAUGUCGAAAUAUAAUGCCAAUAAUUGAAAUGUCAUCGGAAAAUCUUCGAACUGUAUUGGUGUUAAUACAGGCCUAUAUAUUGCUCGAUGCCAAUGCCUAUUUGGAACGAUAUGGACGUUCAUUUGUUGACUUUUGUAAUCGUAUGUUUGACGACAUACGUCCCGAGGGUAUAAUACUUAUGGUAAAAGUAUUAGAAAUCUGCUUAAAAACGGACACAACAAAUGGCCUGGAACUGGUGAGACCAGUUCUGCCCUAUAUCUUUCGACAAGUGUAUAGCAAUAAAGACUUCCCCAUGCUUAUGGGCAUGUACCUGACAAUGGUAGCCCGUGUCUUGCUCAUAAGUCAACAAGUUUUCAUGGAAGUCAUACAGGAGUUGCAGCAACCAAAUGCCUUGGAAACCAUUCUAGAUGUGUGGAUCACGAAAAUGCCUUUGGUCACCGAGUUAGAGAAAAUCAAGCUAUUCUCCCUGGCCUUUUUAUCGAUAUUUUCCAAUAAUCCCAUACUGUUGGAACGUUUUCCCGCCAUUAUGCAGAAUAUUGGUGAUGCUCUGUUCGAGGUGAUGCGUGAAGAUGACGAUGGUCAGCAGUCACUGACCGAUGAUCCCAAUGCCCCACAAGAAAAUAAACCCAUUAAAUAUUGUGAUUCGUUGGUGUUUGCCGAUGAAUAUGAUUUGGAUACCAGUAGUUACUGUACUAUGGAUGAUUUUGAUUAUAAAACCUAUCACUAUGAUCGUUGUCGGCAGUUGUCUCUAAAGGAUCCCGUACAUAAGAUUGCUUUACCGCAAUACAUCGAAUGGCAGUUGGGAAAUUUACGCACCCAACUUGGAGAUGAAGGCUAUCAGCAGUUAAUGCGCACGGUUUAUCCAGCCGUUUUGGAAAGAUUUUCUCAAUUUGUUAAUUUACAAAUCAAUUUUCCCAUAAACUAGCAGCACUGAACUCUGGGGUGUUCAUUAUAUUUUACAACCGAGAAAACACCACCACGACACUCCCCACUAAAAAUUUUAAGGUCUUCGUCGUGUACAAGAAAGCUACAAACUAAGGGAAUCUAUACAGUUUCUAAUGGUAGCUAUGUUAAAGCGUUUGUCUGAGAUAGUCAUUGGCAAGUUGAUUCUAACACCAUCUGUUGGUUAAUGUAUAAGUUACUAUUCUAAUCAGUUUUUGAUACCAAUGUAAAUUAUUUUAUGUCAUUUUAAUUAUUAUUUUUUAAUGCUAUAAUUUUUUUUUUAAAUAAUAUUACUUACUAUAUUUGUAGAGUAUGUAUGUAUUUAACAAGAUUAUGUUUUGAUGAUGAUGAUUUUUAUAAAAAUAAAAAAAAACACAAACAAGGAAAAACCAUAAAACGAAAAUAAUGAAUGAAAACAAAAAUAACAAGAAAAAAAGGAGUUUUAAAAUGUUCUCCUUACACUGCACUUCUAAAAUCUAAAAUCGAAAUUAAUUCUUUUUUAAAAAAACAAAAUUGUUUUGUUAUAAUGGAUAAAUAAAACAAUAAAAACAAA